AUAAAUAAACAGGAAACUUAACCCGGAAGCGGAAAUAAAGCGCCUGAUUUAUAAUGCAACGUAUUACUCAAGAGAAUAUCACGUCGGGGAACAAUACGACGUUUCGAUAAAGGUCCGCGCGACCGCGAUCACGUAGGCAGAGAGAACGGCAGAACGGGCGAGCGAGGGGAAUGCCCGAGACGAUCCGGACCGGAUGUGCUGCCGCUCGGGUACGCACGGCAGUUGGAAGAGGCAUGACGCUACGUUCGCCAUGUUUUGGUGUCGUCAUCCCCCCCGAGCGCUGUUUCACGGCGUACUGCACACAAUAGCCCGUGUUUUUUAGUGAGUGUUUUCGUGCUGUCGCGUAUCAACGGCGCGUUCCUGGCGGUCUCCACGACGUACUCCCCGACCCCGUUAUCGCCAACGUCCCCGGGGUCCUUGUGCGCGCGAUCCCGCACUCGAGAUCGUUUGUAUUUUCAACGUCGCGCGAAGCUGGAGAUAACCCUCCUCAUCCCGUGGACGAGCUCGUAGCUGGCCAUGCGUGCUCGGACGUUAUCGCGUCCGAGGAAAUAGUCUCUGGCCAAGCACUAGGGGGGGGAUCGACGCACGUUGUUUUAUGCGACCUGGAUCAGCGCGUCCUGGCGAAUCGAUCCGGACCGUCGUCGAACGUCGUCGCAUCGUUUGUCACUCACGUCGCUUAGCACUGCCUUCGCCGUCGCUCGACCCAAUCGUCGAACUCGUCGAUCACCGACCGACGACGGCAUCGCUCACCUUGACGAUUCGCCACCGAGUUACAUCACUUCGCGGGGGCGAAGGGAACGAACGAUCCCGACGGAUCCCUCGGAUCCGCGUGUAACGGAUCGGCAUCUCGCGUGCGUGCGUACGUGCGUACGUGCGUACGUGCGUACCUGGGUGCGUGCGUGCGUGCGUGCGUGCGCGCGUACGAUCAUCUCGUUUCCCUCAUUUCGUUCGGUUUGAUAAUACGAUAUACACAUAGGCACGUGGGAAAGAAUUAGCCAGUUAAAAUGGAGUUGCGAUUACACUCGCCAGCAGGAGCAGAACCCAUUGUGUAUCAGUGGCCGCUCACCUCCGGAUCGGGAUCAGAUCGACACGAUGGAGCAUUGGAUGUUAUCGAAACUAUGCGAUGGGUUUGCGAGGAUCUGCCAGAUUUGAAGUUACCUUUAGAAAAUAAUAUUCUUUGUAAUUACGAUCCGAGAGAUUACGAAAGUAUGAAAAGCUUGUGCGACAGAUUCAAUAGAGCCAUCGAUAGCUUAGUACAAUUGGAAAAAGGCACUAGUCUGCCAUUUCAGAGACUAAACAAGAGACCUAGCAGAGGCUUGCUUCGUCAUAUACUUCAGCAAACAUACAAUCAAGCUGUGGUCGAACCGGACAAGCUAAAUCAGUACGAGCCUUUUUCGCCUGAGGUUUACGGCGAAACGAGUUACGAGCUUGUGUCUCAAAUGAUCGAUCAAAUUGAGGUGACGGGCGAAGAUGUGUUCGUUGAUCUGGGUUCCGGAGUUGGCCAAGUUGUUCUUCAGAUGGCGGCCGCGACUAUGUGUAAAAUAUGUAUCGGUGUAGAAAGGGCCGACGUACCUUCAAAAUACGCCCAGAGCAUGGAAAUAAACUUUCGAAAAUGGUUAAAUUGGUACGGGAAGAGAUGCGGGGAAUAUCGUCUUGUAAAAGGAGACUUUUUAGCGGACGAACAUCGCGAAAGUAUUACCGGGGCUACGAUAGUGUUCGUGAACAACUUCGCGUUUGGUCCAACAGUUGAUCAUCAAUUGAAGGAGCGUUUCGCUGAUUUGCGGGAUGGCGCGCGCAUAGUAUCGUCGAAGUCCUUCUGUCCGUUAAACUUUCGUAUAACAGAUAGGAACUUGAGCGAUAUUGGCACGAUAAUGCACGUGUCGGAAAUGUCGCCGUUAAAAGGUUCCGUCUCUUGGACCUGUAAGCCCGUGUCGUAUUAUUUGCACGUAAUUGAUCGUACUAAGUUAGAACGUUACUUCCACCGCUUGAAGAACAAUAAACAAGGUGGCUCUGAUGAAAAUUCUGAUUCUGUGAUAAGUAACACUGCCAGCAAUAGUAGUAGGGUUUCUAAUAGAAGCGAGAGAGGUGACAAAGCCAAGAGAGACCUUUCGAGGCAAUUGGACAGUCCGAAUAAUUCGGAGCAGCUGGGGACUAACAGCGAUUCUGAUCUGGACGACAACGGUAGCACGAAAAGUCGUCGACAGGCGAACAAAAUACGGCGGAAAUUCAAUAAGAAAACGAACGGUAUUAGAGCUCCCGCCAGAGGUAGACAGAGAGGACGAGGCGUCAAGAAGUCCAAGCCCAAGAAGGCGAUCAAUAUAUCCGGAUUGGAUCUGCUGCACAGUCAGACUUUGCUCAGCACGUCGCCUCAAGCUCUCGGAAAGAAACCACCGCCCCCGCCCGGUUGUGUAGAUCAACAAUUGUCUUCGUUGUCGCUUUCUUUGCAAUCGCAUUCCACUUCGGUGCACGAGGAACUCAGUAUACCGCCCGCUCCGUCCGCGACUCCUUACGCUCUACAAAUACUUUUGGACUUGUACAGGGACCAAUUCAUGCUUAUGUUGGAGUCAAUGAGAACGCCUUCUUACAAAAUAUCGGUUAACACGGAUAUCGCGAAGGAAAGGGAGAGAAACUCGAGGCUUCAGUCGAGAGCGGCGCAGUUAGAGAAACAAAUCAAAGUUCUGAUAGACGAUAGUGUGGCUCUCUUGAAGGCUAGAAUGACUGAAUUAGGUAUUAAUGCUACGUCACCCGGGGAUCUAUUGGCGAAGGCCAAGGAAAUAGUUUUAAGACACAAACAGCUGCAAGCUAAAGCGAGCAAGUUGCAAGCGCAAGUGGCGAAUAUCGAGAGCGAGCAGAGCAGGCUGGUUGCGCUUAGACAUCAAGAACUGCAGGAGAAGUACAACGGUCACGCAAACGGCAUGACAAAUCCACCGCAAUCGCUCACGCAGGAUUACAUACUGAAGGAAAUCUUUGCAACCAUGUCGCAACGCAAACGAUUGCACUCACAAGUUUCGAAACUCGAACACGAAUUAAAUGUACUGGAAAGAACGAGUAGCGAGAAGCAGGCGGCCGCGAUCGUCCAGCAACAGAGAGACGCGAUAGGAAAUAAGAUCUCGCAGAACUCGCAUCAGCAGCAGCAGCAGCAGGUCAGCAAAGCCGGAACGAUACGCAAAAGGGAAGGCCGUUUGAGGUCGCAGGACUGGCCCGAUGUUCCGGAUAUAGGAAAGAUACAGGAAAACAAUCCGGAGAUACUGGCGCAAAAGAUUCUGGAGACGGGAAGGCAAAUAGAAGCGGGUCGUAUUCCGAGUAGACCGAGCGUGAACGGCAGAACUCGAUUGCCACAGGCGUCUCUCAGUUUCUCUACCGCGCCGUCUUCUAUUUCGUCCACCCUAUCGCAGUCGGUCAAUAAGGACGCGUCGGAUAGAAAUCAAGAACCACCGAGGGUCGCUAAUUUCGAGGACAGACUGAAGAGCAUCAUCACGAGCGUUUUGAACGAGGAUCAGCAGAACAGAAAUAAGCAGCAACAGCUACAGUUACAGUCGCAAAGUCAGCCCGAGCCGGAGAGAAAGCAGCGCGCACCACCACCGUUGCCACCGAAUGUAUCCACUCCGGAUUACACACAAGUUUCACCCGCUAAACUGGCGCUUCGUCGUCAUCUCUCGCAGGAACGCCUCUCGUCGUCCCACCUAACGUCGUCCGACAGGUCGACGAUCGACACAAGACAAUCAUCAGGUCACGACAAUCGGCUCGCGCUGAAUGGGAGUAGCGGAAUACUCGGCACCAGGACAAUCGGCGACCUCGUCAGCGGAGAGAUCGAGAGAACGUUGGAGAUUUCGAAUCAGUCGAUAAUAAACGCCACCGUUGAUAUGAGCACGAUCAUGAGACCCGAGGCCGCGUACUCGCCUAUCAGCAGGCCAGCGAGCGCCGAGGGAGAUGCCGGCUUGUCGACCUUGGCGCACGUGGCCAGUUACGCGCCCACUUCGGCAGCCUGCACCACAACGUCCACUACUGGUUCAAGAUCAUCGGUUCUCUUUACUCCAGUGACGCAAUCGCAGAGGUACACGACAGUUCAAUUACCGCGAGCGGAUAUCAAGCCCUACCACGAGUCCUAUUUUUUGGAUAAUCCAUCUCAGUCGCUCACGCAGUCCCAUCCGUCGGUGCUGCCGUCGCAUUCAUCUCAGGGCACGCUAAACGGAGAACUAUUGCCCGUAGAAGGACUCGCGGCGUCGUUACACGCUCGAAUAGUGAACAUUCAUAAUAAUAAUAAUAAUAAUAAUAGCAGCAAGAUCGACGCGGCUCUUUCCAACAAUAAACGGUUUCAUCCGUAUCCGCGAUACGCAACGAACAGUAGUAGUAGUAAUGGUAAUAGUAACGGCAACGCAACGUCGAACGGUACCGCGAUUUGCCAGUCGCAAUCGUUGACGUCGAUAAAAACAGAAGUAUCGUCCGUGAGCACAAGCGGAGCGCCGCUGAGUCCUCUCGUGGAACCGCAUUCUAACACGUCGACGCCGCUGGUCGACGAGCCGCAAAUGGCGACCCAAAGACACCGAAAUGUCAUCGGUGAUGACGAUGGGGAAGCUGAUUGGCAAGACCGCAUUAGUUCAGGAUUUGAUCGCUUGGUCGCGUUUGCUUCCACAGAACUGGACAAACGUAGACGAUCGACAGAAGGAGUAAAUACAAGCCCCGACAGUGGAAUGGGCUCAGACAGCAUGGGGACAGGACCACCGAUGGUGGUGCCGUCGCCCGACGACGCAUUGGGACCGCCGAGAACACCCUCGCCGACCAGUCCCCGUCCCUUGAACUCCAACGGCAAUUCCAUAUGCGGCUCGUCCGUACCUCUGAAAUAUCAGCGACAACUGGAUUCCGAGCGGCAUCACUUUAAGAAAAAGUUUUUUCAUCGCGACUGGAGCACUACCGCGGGCACCAGCAAAUUUCGUCCCAAGGGCAAAGAUUGGGACUGGAAUCAUUCCGGACAGUGGCCGUCGAAUGACGAACAGUCUUAACUUUUGUUCUCGCGGCGAAAAUAAUGAGGAUUUUCUAUGUGAUCAGCGACGAUAUGUUAUUUCUUUUGCUCUUUCUCAUCCAUGUAACGUAUAGGGGGACGCAAACAUGGCGCGUUGUUUUUUUCUUUUUGGCUUUUAAGUUUAUUUCACAUUUAUUUAUUUCUCGCCUCUUAUAUAAGAGUUGUCAUUUAUAUUUAUACACAUACAGACAUAUUAAUUACGUUUUGUUCUUGUUUCGUUAUUAUUGAUAAUAAUUGUCUUGUAUAUUCUGAUAAGGACACGUUCUUUAAAAUACUGCAUGUGUUUAUUAUGUAUUUAUUAUGUGCGAGAGAUAGUUCGUAUGAUUUUGAUCGACCGGAAAGACAAACAAAACCUGAACUGAAAUGCUAAGCGCUUGGACAGAUUCAAUAUCGUUGCUUACGGCUCAUUUAUAGAGUGAAAAAAAAAAAAAAAUUAUACAUUUAUAUUACACAAUGAACGUAGUUAUGAGACUAAUUAGUAAGACAACAGAUUACACAAAGUCAAAAGUGAAUCGAAGUUAUGAAAUGUGUUAGCGUCUAUAUUGUGCAUGUUUUCAACUUUUGUCUCUUGAAAAGAUUAUUAAUCCCUCAAACCAGAAACCUCCCAAACAUCUGUAUUAAAGAAAUCGGUAUUAUUGAGUAAGUUUCUCUCUUAUCUUAUAAAGAGGUCUCUCGCACUUUGUUAAUUUAUAGUUAGUAAUUAUUUAAGUAGCAAUUUGAGGAAGGUUAAAAAUUCCAAAAAAUCUCAAGUGUUUUUUUGAAUAAUAUGAUUCCUAAACGGUAUUUCUCCAUUUAUACAUAAUUCAAAUAGUCGAAAAGUUAAGUAUGGUAAUUAUUAUUUUGAUAAUUCUUACCAGUUUCUUUUUUAUUUAUAGAAUCAAUUUGUGAAAAAAGCUUCUGAAUUACAGUAUGUUUCUGAAUCGUUCGCAAUUUGUACAAAACAAUAGCAUUGUGUUAUUAAUUGAACUGAUUAAUUCCCACGUUUUGACUUCAAAAUAAAAACUAGUUACGGGAAUAUCGAGGCUCUUCUUGAUAAAAUCCCGCAUCACACAGAAAAAUCUGUGCCAUCAAGCCAAGUUGAAUACCGUUCUAAGAAUGCAAUAAUGAAUGAAUUUAAAUAAAACUGGUUUGAGAGGUUAAAUAGAUCUUACUCACCGAUUUUACAUAGCACUUUAAUUUAUUUUAUAUUAUAUUAUACACACCAUAUAUAUUACAUAUUACUCUGUAUUAUUAUAAUAUCAUUAUUCUAUUAGUAUGAUCAAAUUUUUUGGUAAGGUUUUGCGAACAAUUGUCACCGAUGUGUUUCUUUGUAAAUCUGGUCUCAACUGGUCUAGAUCGAAACGCCAAUGUUAAAUAGGACAACAAGAAGUCUCGUAAUCUACGCCUGUACAUAUACACACACAUAUCCCAUGACGCGAUUAUUGUAUGUGGCAUUUAUGAGACGUUUAUAGACGCACUAGAUAAAAAAAAA